GGCGUUCAGUUGGUGGGUGAAUUACUCUGCAGCUCAAUACUUCCUUGUCAUCCUUCCUGCAUCAUCAUUCCAGCUAUUAAUCACGACACCAAGCAACCUUUGUAUUCAUAAUCUACACAUCUUUUGCGAUGCAGUAUUCUUUUAUUGCAGGGACCCUUAUGGUUGGAGCCGUUACAGCUUUCCCAUUUGUUGCUACAAUGCCGGGUGUCGACUCUAGUCUAUUAAACAGAAAUAAACAGCAGCAACCAGACUCUACAUCUUGCCCAUUCAAUGCAAAUCAUGUCAAUGCUCCGGGUAUCUCAGAUGCUUACCCAUACAACGGUGCCAGGAAUGGCCUUCCAGGUAGAGGAAAGGGAGGCUAUCAGGUUCCCGCUCGUGGAGAUACUGAUCAUCAAUUCAUCGCUCCAAAACCGACCGAUAUACGUGGGCCUUGUCCAGGAUUGAACGCGGCCGCCAAUCACAACUUCCUUGCUCGAGAUGGCAUUACUACAUAUAAUGAGCUUGUCGAUGCCCAACAAAACUUGUACAACGUUGGUUAUGAGUUAGCCAAUCUUCUUGCUGUUCUCGGCCUUACAUUAACCGAUGGCGAUAUCGUAACCGAGAAACUGUCCAUCGGGUGUGAUGCCACCUCACGAACAUAUUUUUCACCAGCUACGAGUGGUUCAGAGCCGGGCUUGAAUGCACACAACAAGUUCGAGGCUGAUACAUCCCUCACACGCAGUGAUCACUUCCUUGCUAAUGGCGAUAAUUACUCAUUUAAUGGAACACUUUUUGGAAUGAUGACGGAAACUACUAGUGGCAACUACAAUCGUGAUGGACUUGCUACAUACCGAGCCCAGCGUUACCAACAAUCUCUCAAGGACAACCCAAACUUCUAUUUCGGCCCCUCUUCUCUGCUCCUCUUUGGUGCUGCCUCUUUCUUGUACGAGUUGAUGCCAUCUGGAACAAAAAAUUACGCACCAGAUUAUGAUACUAUUUCUUCAUUUUUCGGUGUCGAGAAAAAUUCAGAUGGUUCAUAUUCUUUCACGGGCGAGGAAAGAAUCCCAGACAACUGGACAAACCGUGCCACUCCAUAUUCCAACACCGACGCCGCAGAUGAAAUUAUCGCUCUCUAUUCGCAAAACCCAGUUUUGUUUGGUGGUGCUACUGGAAAUGGUGGUUUUGAUCUUAUCAAUUUUGGUUGCAUCAAAAAUGGAACAUUGAUUGCUACGCCUGGUUCUCUCGAGGCUUCUUGCUUGCUCUAUCAGCUUGCUACACAAGAUAUUCCUUCUUCGUUAAAUGGUGUUUUUACUCCAUCAAUUAGCACACUUGAAUUCGUUGCGAAAAAGCUGAAUCCUUCGUUUGGAAAUUUAGGUUGUCCAAUUGCUCUUACGUAAAGGUUUAGGGAACAAGAUACGGGCUUUCUUUUUGUAUAUGUAUAAUUUUUCUGAAGAUUCGGAGAUGGAUUUUUUGUUGCUCAUGAGUGUUGUUAUUUCGAAAGAGAACAAAACGCCCAUUCUACUUCUAUUAAUCUUACAUAUCUACACACCCAAAUAUUCUCUGCUUGCACGGAAACAUAAAAUGUAAGAAUAUCAUAAACA